UUUAAUGACGGUCACGUGGCCGUGUCUUUCCGAUUGCGCACUUGUCAUAUAUUCAAUUUCCAGGAAGAGGGCGAGUCUACAACUGCCUCCUCUCCAAGUUGAUUUGUUUACCUCUGAUAUAUCCACGACUGGUGGUAGUAACCUAGCCUACCUACAACUUUCAAAAAAAUGAGUGGGAUUAAGAGCUUGUCAGUGACAUACGACGCAAUCAACGAAACGAAUACUUUCAGUUAUGGUGACUAUAUUUCUGGACGUGUUACUCUUGAGGUUGAUAAGGAAAUUAAGGUCAAUUCUUUUUUAAUUAAAGCAAAAGGUAAAGCAAGUGUCUUGUGGACUCAACAAUGUGGACAGACUACUAUUGUUUACCACGACAAAGAAACCCUCUUCAAGUCGGAACAUUUCUUCAUACAUGAGAAGAAACAUAAAGAAAACGAUGGAUUUUCACUUCUGCAAGACCAAUCAGAGAUGUAUUCUGACGUUGUUUGUCCAGGAUGCCAUGUGUACCCAUUCUCUUUUCAAAUACCUCAGCAGGACAUGCCAUCAUCCUUCAAAGGUGGAGCUGGAAAAGUGGUUUACUUCUUAGAGGCAAAAUUGACCAGGUCUAUGCGGAUGUCAACCAAAGACAAAACUAAGUUCACUUUUUUGUCCAAGACAGAUGUGCAUGUUCCAGAUAUGAAAGAGUCUCAGUUUGGGACCGCAGGCAAGAAGUUAAGGUUUCUUAACUCUGGAAAUGUCUCUGUUAAUGUAAACAUUGACGGCAUGAAAUAUUACCCAGGAACUGAAUUGAAGAUUAUGUCAGAAAUUCAGAACAACUCUUCUUGUGCCAUUACACCUAAAUAUUGCCUGUACCAGAAACAAAGCUUCUUUGCAAUGAAAUCUAGACAGGUUCACACUAAAGAUAUCCUCAAAGAGAAAGGAGAGCCAAUUGAACCAUCAACAAAUCUAACCGUUAGCAAAUCACUAAGUAUCCCGUCAGAUGCCAUCCCCUCCAUUCUCUCCAACUGCAAGGUACUCAAUGUGGAAUACAGACUCAAGGUCUAUCUUGAUAUCAAGUACUCCAGAAAUCCGGAGAUCAAGUUUCCAUUGGUCAUCGCUGCUGCCCCACAGAACACAGAUGGAGCAGCAACAUCAGAGGCCUUGGAAAGAACAGAGCCACCUCCUCCAUAUAAUGCUUACAGUCUAUACCCAACCCUACCCAACCCAUCAGGGAGUUCUUGGGCAUAAUUGGCUUGUGAUGGUUUCAUCAUUUCAUUGCAAAUAGAAUGUUGGAAAAUAGAUUUUUCCCCCUUUUUGUUUUUAAAUUAUGCAGCCCCAUUUAUUUUUUUCUUCUGUGAUUUACAUGAUAUGCUUUUCUUAUACCAGUGAAGAUAUUAAUUGUAGUAUGUGUCAUAUUGUCAUUGUAAAAUAUAUUGUGACAUUUUUGUAUUUUCCACCAGCUAGAAUAACUACUACUUGUACAAACAGUGGUAUAUGAGUAGCAGAAUUUGGCCAAUUAAACAUUCUAACGGAGUUAUAGGGUUAACUAGACUGCAUUUCCGGCGGGAACUGCGAAAGUGUGCUUGCCCUGGUCCAGACAGUGACAUACGCUAUGCUGAA